AUGGAUGGAACCAAUGUCUUCACCACAAUUCAGAAAGUGUACUACCCCCUUCUGUGCACGCUGGGGAUUCCAGCCAACCUCUUUACGUUCUACGUGAUCUGCUUCCGCAAGUGUGGGAUGUCCGAGGCAGCCAUUGUCUACCUGAGUUUUCUGGCCAUCAUGGACACCUUCUAUUUGGUGUGGGUGAUCCUGCUGGAUCUGACCCUGACCUUUCUACAGGAACAACCCUUCUGGCACUCCCAUCCCUGGUGUGCUCUCUUGGGCUUCCUGCAGUACGGUUCGCUCUACAGCUCUUCGUGGAUUGUGGUGGUGUUCACCAUUGAGCGCUACAUGGCACUGAGUGUAACCGCUGCUAAGCAGCACUUCUCCCAGGUGCAGCCCACAGUGCUCACAUGUGUGGCCAUCGUCCUCAUCUCCCAUCUGGUCUCUGUCCCAAUGUGUUGGAUUAACGAAGUCACCAUGGACAACGUCACCUUUGCUGGGAGAGAGAACGCCACCGUCUCUCGCUGCCACUACCGGGACGCUACGUAUUCCACAGUGGUGGUGUGGGUUAGUGCAUUCCUCUCUGGUGGGAUCCCCAUUGUCCUCGUAGUAAUCUUCAAUUCCCUGAUUGCCAGCCACCUCACUCGUGCUGGCCAGCUUUUCACCAAGGAGGAGCGGCACAUUAUGAGGGGAAUGACCUCUAGGAGUACGAUGCGUAAGACUGUCCUCCUCCUAGGCACAGUGUCGGUGACCUUUGUAGUCCUCAGCCUCCCCCGCUUUGUCACCUAUUGCAUUCUCCGCACGGCCUACAAUCACAAGGAUUUUGACCGGAAUGACUACAAGCUUCCAAUCAAUGUUGCAAGCGACCUGGCCAACAUGCUCCAGAACCUGAACUCCACCACCAACUUCUUGCUCUACUGUGUAGUGAGUAGAAGAUUUCGCCAGGAGGCGGUUCAAAUGAUGACCUGCAGCACCAGGGUCAGAGAGAUAGGCUCCCUCCUCACACAGACCACCAUGAUGGUCUUCUCUGUGCUAGAGCACAGGUCUUCCUCUGGCAGAGAUAAUAUGAGGGUGGUCCUCACUAGUCUUAAAAAGACAGGGUAA